AUGGUCAAGCAGAUCACAUCUCUGAUCGCCCUCGCGGCGCUGGCUUCUGGACAGGGCUUUCCUUCGACAUGUCCGGCCGUCCCAACACCCAGCCCGAAUGCUACGGUGGGAACGUGCCCGACAGACUUUACCAUCAUCGGCGGCGAGCUCCAGCCUGUUCAUGAAUCGUACAGUCCUCCCACUGGUUUCGCAAUCGACCCAAAUCAGAAGAUCUACCUGACAUACCCGCGAAACACCGGUCCUACACCAGUCAAUGUCGUCGUGGCGACCAGCUUCACCAAUGAGGAGCCCUGGCCGAAUGCUGCCAUCCAGAACUGCUCUACUGGGCAGAAUGUCGCUGAAUGCUUCAUCAACGUGCAGAACGUUGUCCUCGACUCUAUAAACCAACUUUGGGUAGUUGACUCUGGUAUCCCACCCGGACAAAAAUCUGCCGUCACCAACGGCUCCAAGAUCAUGUCCUUCGACCUCGGUGGCAACCUACUCAGGACCUAUGUCAUCCCAGAAGACCUUUACUAUGACAAAUUCAACGCGAAUGAUGUGCGCAUCAAUAAUACGCUCGGCACAAAGGGGUAUGCCUUCAUUACUGAUGAGUCUGACUCUGGCUCACUCGCGGCAAUCAACCUUGAUGACGGCAGCGUGACCCGGCGUCUACAUAACUCGACCGUUACACGAGCGGACGAGCACUACGUCGGUGUCUACAACGGCGAGCUGAUCUAUGGCUGGAACGGUACAAACAAAUCGUACCUGACAACGGGCUCUGACGGCAUUGCUCUGGCGUCGGGCAAUGUGUACUGGGGCGUGCUUGCCAGUCGUCGCUUCUACUAUAUCUCCCAGGAAACACUCGUCAAUACAUCUGUCUCAGACGAAGACAUGCUGGCAGCCGUCCAGGAUCCUGGACAGUGCGGCACUGAGCAGGCCGGCUUCAGUGCUGACGAGAAUGGCCGUGUAUACAUCUGUGCAUCUGAGCACAACGCAAUCUUCUACGUCGACACGCAGCAAUCUGAAGUCAACGAAACCGUCAACGGUGUCGCUCCGGGAGGGUCGGGCCCGGUUGCGGCAAAGAACUAUGUGGUGAAGGAUUUGAUCAGGAAUGCAUUGAUUCAGCACGCCGAUUCAAUGGCCAUACUGGAUGGAUGGCUGUACUUCUGCACAAACCAACUCAAUUAUGGUCCAACUCGGCAAUACAUGAAUGUCGACAAGAGGCGGGGCCCAUUCAGAAGUUACAGAUACUGGAUCGGAGCUGGUCCGGCGGUGUAA